AUGCUAGCCCAUUGGCCUGAGCACAGCUCGGGAAACUUUAGCUUCCUCAGGAAAUGGCCCUCCAAAUACCAGGGCGACACGCAGGUCGGAGAUACAACCACUUCUUCUCAAGAUGACGACGCGGACUGGCCGAGAAGCAUUUUAUUCGAAGAGUACUUAAGUCAAAAUGGCACACUAAACACUACGCUGGAAACGUUGUACGACGUGCCGACGGGCAUGAUCGUGCUCCUGUCGUUCCUGUACGGCUCGAUAUCGGUGCUCGCCGUCGUUGGCAACCUCCUCGUGAUGUGGGUGGUCGCCACCUCGAGACGGAUGCAGAGCGUCACCAACUGCUACAUAGCGAACUUGGCGCUUGCUGACAUCGUUAUUGGACUCUUUGCUGUACCGUUUCAGUUCCAAGCUGCGCUGUUGCAGCGAUGGCUGCUACCACACUUCAUGUGCCCGUUCUGCCCGUUCGUGCAGGCGCUGAACGUGAACGUGAGCGUGUUCACGCUCACAGCCAUUGCCAUUGAUCGACAUCGCGCCAUCAUCACACCACUGAGUGCUCACACUUCCAAGAGGGUGGCAAAAGUUAUAAUAGUUUUGAUAUGGAUGUUGGCAUUUCUGCUAGCGGCUCCCAUGGCCAUGUCGUGGGAAGUGACUAUGGUUCCAGAACUAGACCCAGUUACCAAGUUGUUGUACAAGAAACCAUUUUGUGCUCCUAGUGAAUUUGGAUUACAUUCCUUGGCAAUUUAUCGACUAAUAUUAUACAUUUGUCAGUACAUCAUUCCUCUGUGCGUGAUAACGUUCGCAUACGCACACAUGUCCUUGAAGCUGUGGGGUGCCCGAGCGCCAGGGAACGCGCUGGAAAUACGGGACGCGAAUCAUAUGAAAAACAAGAAAAAGCUCACGCUGGAGGGUAGCGGGAUCCGAGGCACGGUCUUGCCGGUGGCCGACCGCAGGAAGUUGGGGGCCCAAUUGUACGACAGCCACGUGCGAGAGGCUGCCCUGCCACCUAGCGAAAAAUCCUGGAAUAGCUCCACCGUGCCAGUUGGCGACUGGACGGGAGGACCCGGUGGGCUAUUUCAGGGGGGCUCGGGCGUCCCCGCAGUCUCCAAGUGA